AUGGGAUUAUUAUCGUCACCAGGCACACCUCUUCAAUGGGAAGAGACAAAACAAUAUGCACAUAAAAUUCGCGCUCUCGGAAUAAGCUAUUUUGUAUCUGUUUACAAGAAACUGAAAGAAAAGGAAAAUUCUUGCACACCGGGCACACCUUAUGGUGGUACUUUGAAAAGCCUGCUUCAAAUAGAGCCAAAUAUGAAAUUGAGAAGAGAAAUUAUUUCAAAAUUUUUGAGGCCAAAUGAAGUAGCAAUUACUUUGACUAGCUUUCCUCGUCUUGGUGCUUCAGGCCAAUUUCUGGAACCUCACUAUGAGCCAGCAGGAAAUGCAGCGAGAAGUCUGUUUGUACCUGACGAGGUUGCUAUUAAUGUGCCAAUUUUUCGCGAUAAAUGUACACCCGAUCCAUUUAUAGAUACGACAAUUCCUCUAAAUCGAAAUUUAUUUCCCGAGGAUAAAGAAGCUGCAGAAGGCGCAGCGCAAUCGGAUCAUAUAUAUAUGGAUGCUAUGGUUUUUGGAAUGGGUUGCUGUUGUUUACAAAUUACUUUUCAAGCUUGCAACGCUGAAGAAGCCAGAAGGCUGUAUGAUCAACUGGCAGUAAUGGAAUCUCCAUCAAUACCUGGUGAAGAGACUUCUUCAGAUAACUCCCGUCUAAAUGGGCAUGCAAAUGCUAAUGAAUCGAUAUCGUCCGUAGAGGAUGAAUAUGAACAAAUGACCAUCAAUGAAAUUAUUAAUGGCAAUGGUGACAAAUUUCCAGGGUUAAAUGUUCUAAUAUGCCGAUAUCUUGAAUCAGUAAAUAUUGAUAUCGAAACAAGAUGUCAACUAGGAAUAUAUCAAGAAUUUGUUAGCAGGCGUGCAAAAGGUAAAUUAUGA